AUGGGGCUGCUGCUACUGGACAUUGGAGGUAGUGCAAUGGCUGCACGAGCACUGAGAACGCGUUGGUUGUGGGAAAAUCGACCAGAGGGUUGCACGACGGCAGCGGAGGAUGCAGCGGCACAUGGACGACUUGACGUUGUCCGGUAUCUCGAUUCCUGCGGCACCAAUUGUACGGAUGCUGCCAUGGAUACAGCAACGAGUAGUGGGCACCUGCAAGUGACUGAAUAG